CAGCUUAACCGCUCUGGCUGUCCUGGAACUCGCUGUGUAGACCACGCUGGCUUCGAAUUCACAGAGAUCCUCCUGCCUUUCUUUACAUGACAGUAUUUUCUUGUAAACCAAUAGCCGACAGCCCUAACCAACGGGCGUUUGUAGAGGAACCACACCCCCUCUAUAGGUCACCCGUCCUCCCUUGCAGACCUCUUAACAGCCUGGCCCUGGGAUGGCUGGAUCAAGUUCAUGCACUGAUUCAUCCAGCUAAAUACUGUGGAAAGCCAGGUCCGUACUGGGGACCCUGUAUAGGAACUAAAGUGAGGAUGGUGAAUGAAACAGACCCCUGCUUUCACGAAGCUGGGCUUUAAUGGAGAAGAUGUAGAUGAAAGAAGCGUUUGAGCCCUGAAAGUCUGCCUGGAGAAGUGAGCUGGGUGCAAAUGGGCAAAAAGGACGUAACGGGGAAGCAGACGAGCGAUGGAGACACUUCCUUACACAAAGCUUGUCAGGCUAGAGACGCAUGGCACUGGAAAACCUAUGAAACUGGAGCAAAAGAGUUAAGGGAUGUGGGGCUCCAGAUGAAGCCAAAGAAGUUCAAGUCUUCUGGGACCAGAAGACCCAGGGACCAGAGCAGGUUAAAGUCUGGGUCUUCAAAAAUCAGUAUACUGUAGAGGGUUGAGGAGGGCACUGUAUAAUUAGCUUUGAUUACUGUGGCUGCUGUAGAACAGAGUGUCAAGAGUAAAAGCCUAGACACCAUUGAGGAGGGUGUCACAGAAGUCCCAAAGGAAGUUAAAAGGAAGAGAUUUGUGUGGACUUUGAGAUAUAGUAUGUAGGGGUGAGAUGACCUCCAUCUUGCGAAGUCCUCAGGCUCUCCAGCUCACACUAGCCCUGAUCAAGCCUGAUGCAGUUGCUCAUCCCCUGAUUCUGGAGGCUGUUCAUCAGCAGAUUCUGAGCAACAAGUUCCUCAUUGUACGGAUGCGAGAGCUGCAGUGGGAAAGGGAAGACUGCCGGAGGUUUUACAGAGAGCAUGAAGGGCGGUUUUUCUAUCAGCGGCUGGUGGAGUUCAUGGCCAGUGGUCCAAUCCGAGCCUACAUCCUUGCCCACAAAGAUGCCAUCCAGCGCUGGAGAACUCUGAUGGGACCCACCAGGGUAUUUCGAGCACGCCACACGGCUCCAGAUUCGAUUCGUGGGAGUUUGGGCCUCACUGACACCCGAAACACUACCCAUGGCUCAGACUCUGUGGUUUCCGCCAGCAGAGAGAUUGCAGCUUUCUUCCCUGACUUCAGUGAACAGCGCUGGUAUGAAGAGGAAGAACCGCAGCUGCGCCAUGGUCCUGUGCGCUACAGUCCAGAGGAGGGCAUCCACUGUGCAGCUGAAACAGGAGGCCCAAAACCAGCCUAGUAAAGUCCUGUCAGUCUCUGAGGGGGAAUCAUGGGCUGAAGGCACUGUCUCUGCUGGACCCCAUCCCCUGCCCAAAGACCUAGCACAUCACUGCCCAGCUGCUGUAAUCUAGCUCUAUCUACCUCUUCUAUGGAAUAUUCAUGAGUAUUAAGGAAGGAUGGUGACUCCUCUUUUUAUUUGUGUUGGAGGCAGUUGAGACAGGUUUCUCUGUGUAACAGCUCUGGCUGUCCCGGAACUUGCUUUGUGAUCAGGCUGGCCUUGAACUCACAGAGAUCUGCCUGCCUCUGCCUUCCAAAUGCUAGGAUUAAAGGCGUGUGCCACUACCGCCCAGCUGGUGACUCCUCUUUUUGCAAAGAAAUGUCAUCCUCAUGAAGGAGCCUGCCUGUGGACUAGCCAAGAAAAUGCAGUGACUGUGUAACUAACAUUUGAUAUGGCUUCUUUAAUAAACUCUGUGCUACUGAAUCCUCCAGGCUGGCAGCACUCCUGAA